CGUAAACAUCUUCCGUGAAUUCGGCCAGCAAGAUUAACGUACAUUUACGUCCUUACAAUUUUUUGUCUCCGCCGGGACCGCGACGUGGGGGAAAAAGACACAUGUAAACAGGGAUCACUGUUAAUACGUCGGCAUUUGCCUUGCUAGACAUGUUAUCCCCCUAGAUAAGUGUAGCCUGUUUGCCGGGGGGGAGUGUAAUUUUCCAGCUGGCUAAGGCUAAUAGAGGAAGGACGGAACGUUCACCGACAUUUUGCCAUGGCAAUGCGGGAUCUUGUCGAAGCGGAGUGUGGGGCCGCCAACCCUCUGAUGAAGCUGACAAGUCACAUGACUCAAGAAGGAGGAGCUUGGCGGCACAGGGCCACGCCCACUAUCCCUCCGACUCCCAUUGAAAUAGCCACAGAGGAAGAGCUGGUGAGCGAGUUCCUGCAGGCGCCUCCCAGGCCCCCGCACAGCUUCGACAUGGGCCAGCUGCUGGAGGAGAUGCAGCAGAUUGACCAGCAAAGCUAUAGACAGGCCCCACAGAGAGCUCCUGGUGUAGCGGCCCUGGCACUAUCUGGAGACUGGGCGGCCGAGUUCCUGUCCUCCCCCGAAUCGGCCUCCACGCCCGGGCAAGUAGGGCCCGAGGACGCCGCCGAAGCCGACUGGACUCGAGAAUUCAUUGCGGACGUGACAGACCCUGGGCGCUGGGCAGAGGAGUACCUGGAGCAAUCUGAGGAGAAGCUGUGGCUUGGAGACCUGGGAGAGAGGGAGCAGGAUCGAGAGUGGACCCAGGAAUACCAGCCGGGGGAGGAGCUUAAGCAAGCAGCCAAUGAGCUUCUGGCCAAAGUCGACGACCCCAAACUGCAGAAUACUGAAUUCCUGCGGUUCAUUAGGCAGAUUGGCGAGGGCAGUGUGACAGUGGAGGACAGAGCAGGCAGGGAGCACACAGAUAGAGCACAGGCCCAGCUGGCACAGCAUUGGGCAACUAAGAUCAACCAGUCCUUGGAGGAGACAGGGGGAGGGGCUGUGCAAGUGGAAACUCGAGAGGGCAAAGAGAAGACUGACAGGACUAAUGCUAAGCUUGCGUUUGACUGGGCUGCCAUCCUGAGGCAGGUGUCGGGAGAGUCGGCUGAAUCCUGGGUAGACGAGUUCACUACUUCGGGACAAGACUUCCAGCAGGCCAAAGCUGCAGUGGAAAGCGACGUGGACUUCUGGGAGAAGCUGCAGGAGGAGUGGGAGGAAAUGGCCAAGAGGGACGCAGAGAGUCACCCCUGGCUGUCCGACUUCGACCAGCUGAUGAGCACCUCGUAUGAUAAGGGUUACCAGUUCGAGGAAGACAACCCAUACCUGUCACACCAGGACCCCCUGAGCGAGGGGCUGCGCCGGAUGGAGGCGGGGGACAUCCCGGGGGCAGUGCGGCUGUUCGAAAGUGCUGUGCAGAGAGAACCUGACAACCACCUAGCUUGGCAGUAUUUGGGCACGUGCCAGGCAGAAAACGAGCAAGAGUUCGCCGCCAUCAGUGCCCUCCGCAGAUGCAUAGAGCUGAAGAAUGACAAUCUGACGGCCUUGAUGGCCCUGGCCGUCAGCUUUACCAACGAAACGCUGCACAGGCAGGCCUGCGAGACGCUACGCGAUUGGCUGAGGCACAAUCCCAAGUACCGGCCGAUCCUAGAGCAGCAUGAACAGGAGCAGGAAAAGGAGGGAGUCAGGGAAAGAGAGAAGGAAAGGGAACGAUUUGGAUCAUUGCUGCCGGAGUCCCUUUUCAUGGAGGUGCAGUCCCUGUUCUUGAACGCGGCCACCUCUGACCCAACCCACGUUGACCCACAACUCCAGUGCGGCCUGGGCGUCUUGUUCAACCUGAGUGGAGAGUACGACAAGGCCGUGGACUGCUUCAGUGCUGCCCUCUCUGUCACCCCACAGGAUUACCUUCUGUGGAAUAAGCUUGGUGCUACCCUCGCAAAUGGGAGCCGCUCAGAAGAGGCUGUCGCCGCCUACAGGAGAGCUCUGGAAUUGCAACCGGGCUUCGUCCGCAGUCGAUACAAUCUGGGCAUAAGCUGCGUCAACCUGGGGGCUCACAGAGAGGCAGUGGAGCAUUUCCUGGAGGCCUUAUCUCUUCAGAGACAGGCGGCCGGCGACGGCGACACCAGGGGCGGCAGAGCGGCAGUCGCCAUGUCAGACAACAUCUGGUCCACACUGCGCAUGGCGCUGAGCAUGAUGGGAGAGAGUUCGCUGUACGCCGCGGCUGACCGCCGCGACCUGGACACGCUGCUGGCCCACUUUGCACGACAAGAAGGGGAGGGAGAGGCUGGGCCAGACUGAGAUGAGCUGCUGGGGGGGGGGGGACAUCGCGUGUGAAUGCACUAUAAAAGAAAGGGGGGAUCGCUGUUUGGGAGUGGGAGUGACUGGCAGGCAUUAGAGAGGGUGACGGUGAGCAGGCAGGGGGCAGAAUGGAACACUGAGCUACAACAGCACAUGGAAAUAUAUGAUAUAGUGACUUAGGCUGAGUGAUGGACAGAACUAGCAGACAUGCUGUCUGGCUGAACUUAGCUACCAGUACGAGGUUCUCCAUUUUUCAUGCACAGGGGCGACUAUUUAAUGCUGCCUUACAUCACCUCUGUCCAAUAAAAAUGAACGACUUUAGGGCACAUGGGGUCAAGUAUGCAGCAUUGUCCACUUUAGCUCUUUAUUCAGUUUAGCACAUAGUUUGUCCUUAUUCAUAUACUUGGAUAGCUAGGAAAGCAGUUCACUUUGGAUGAGGAUGUGGAAAAGGAUAUGGGUAAGUGCCAAUGGCAACAGUACAGUGCCUGCUGAAACACUACGACCAGAAGGGAAUAAGGAGCAGGCCACACUUUGUGUUCAUCCUUAUCCAGGCAUCGCCGAUGAUGUAAAAUAAUUUGUAAAUGCUUCUAUACAUUAAUUGUACUGUACCACAAUUGUGUGCUAUUGUUUUAACAACAGUAAAGUUGGCUGUAAUGGUGUCUGUGAUCUAAAGCAAUAAAGCUUUGAAAUCAUGUCUGUAA